GCAGCGCGGAGCCUCCGGAGUAGAGACGGUCUGAGGGCGCAGAGCCGCGCCGCGCAGCGCACAGUUCAUCCGGGGAGAGGAGCCACCUGUUAGAGACGGAGCAGGAGGAGAAGUGUUUUCUUUGCUUCUACGCACUUGACUGCCCUCACACACCGCCACAUCCCACUGUCUGGUGGGACCAUGUGGGUUCUGGAUAAGAUCCGCGGGUCGGUGGAGACAGGCGUAUUGCGACAGGGAGAGAACGGGGACAAGAAAGGCAUAGUCCCGGCUUACAGCAACGUCCUCACUCCAGACAAGAUCCCAGACUUCUUCAUUCCCCCAAAGCUGAUCAGCUGCCCCCCAGAGCCUGAGUUCCCUCACGUGAAGCCAAAGGAGAGUCUGCAGCCGUCUACAUCAGAGCACACUAUCGGCAGUGGGAAGAAGAUCAGCAGCCCGAGGAGUCCUCGUCUGGUGGCCAAGAUCGCAGGAGACACCAAGAACUUGCUGAGAGCAGCAAACCGCCACAUCAUACAGAUAGAGAGCGCUGAUGACGUUGUGGCUGGAGACACCAAUGCAGACCCCGGGUCACAGACAGCUAUGUCCCUGCCUUAUGUUCCCAAGACUCAGACAUCUUAUGGCUUUGCCACCUUGAAGGAAAGCCCCCACACCCGCCGAAAGGAGUCCCUGUUUCACUGUGAGCUCACCAGUCCCAUCACCUCCCCGAACACCCAGAGGAAGACCCCUGGGAAAAGCAGUGAAUCAGGGAACCACCUGAAUCCAGCUGACCUCAACACCUGUCACAUGAAUCCUUACCGUUACUUCAGCGGUGGGGAAAGUGACACCUGCUCCUCGGCCGAGUCCUCACCCUUCAGCUCUCCUCUGCUGUCCCGCUCUGCGUCUCUGCUCAAGAUCUUCACCCACGAGACUCAGGCCAAGGUCGUGAAAGCCAAGCGGACCUUCGCUCGCCACAGCUCCCUCUCCACCGAUGAGUGCAGCUCGGCUGAGCCUAGCCCCAAUAUCCAGCGGCGGCUCCACGUCCCUUCCCUCCAUGGCGGUGCCGGAGCGUCCGACCACGGCCUCCAACAAGAGCACACCAUCAACCUGCACAAGGGCGGCACGAUGAGGAUCAGUGCCAACUAUGAUUCCAGCACAUCGCGCCUGCUGAUUCGCAUCCUGGGGACGGGGAGUCUUUACGACAAGCACGUUGACAUCAAGAGCAUCAACUGCUGCGUCUCCGUCUACCUGAACCCAGGCAAGCUGCAGAAGCAGAGGAGCAACAUCAUCAAGAACAGCCGCAACCCGGUCUUCAACGAGGACUUCUUCUUUGACUCCAUCAGCUCGGUUCAGGUGAAGAAUCUGUCGGUGAAAUUCAAGGUGGUGAACAAAGGUACUAGCCUCAAGAGGGACACGCUGCUGGGGGAGCGAGAGGUGCAGCUAACGAAGCUGCUGUCAGGACUUUAAAGCUGCAGGAGCUGGAGGUCAGAGGAGGCACAAACCAAGGAUGUUGACUGAAACUUAAAUUAGAUGUUUGCACUGGUUUCUAUACAAUCUGCUCUUUUUAUUCAGAUAGAUUAAAUCACUGGACACAAAGGGAGAGGAAAAUGAAGAGGUCAGAGAUUCUUAGAAGAGAGAUCUAAAAAAAAUGAGUCUCUUGAUAACCGUCGUCCACAUGAAGGAUUUAUCAAGUCUGAUUUUUGCCUGGCUCCUUCUUCCAAACAUGAAAGCUCAUUAAACCAGCUGGGCUCGACAGCGACAGAUGAAUUUGACAGAUGAAAGUAGUUUUUUCCAGACAUGUCUCCCAGCCUUCUUCCUCGGCCAGGUCUGGUUCAAAGGUGUGAGAACACCUGUGCAUCAGCCUGUGUCGAUGUCCUUGCGUGCACCGUGGUCUUGUGUUGCAUGGUUUUUAAUAUUGUAAUGUGGCAUAAAUCCACAACAGCACAGGACACAGGGAUUCUACAUUAGCUGCACCAUGUGUACAGCACAAAGAUGCCUUUGUGAAUCAGCGUGAGCUUUGAAGUGGUACUACAUCCCCAUGUGCAAAUGAUCCUUUGAUACCAGUUACCAUGGUCCACCUCCUGCAGGGGGGGAGGGCGAGGACAAACAGAGCAGUCACGAUAAUCACAUUCACGCACACAUGAAAAAUAUAAUUAGAAUCCAAUUGAUAAUGCAAGCUGAAGAUUGCCAUAAUGUGAUUACUUCCCUGCAGCCAGCAUUGCCCAGCGAGUAUUGUUUUCAUCCCUCUGUGUGUGCGUGUGGACAAAAUAACUUAAUGCAUGGAUGGAUUUUCAUUAUUCUAGUUGAGAAUAUUACUUGGGAAGGUAUCUCAAUCGUUUAACUUUUGGAGCUAAUUGGUCAAAGAUCAGUCAAAAUAUGGUUUGAAAUUACAAAUGCUGCAAUACAAUUUUUUCCUUCCCCAUUCUAAAUACCUGGACUUUGUCUAUCGGCUGAUACUGAGUACCGACCCAAUACGAGUGCAUUUUAAAAAAAUACUUAAGAGCUGUAUGCUCCUGACUUUUUAUGGAAGGGAUGAUUGCAUCAGUGUGUUGGUUGAAAUGGAAGUCUUGCAGAUGGUACACGUUGCCAUUUUACUUAUUAAAUAUUUGCCAAAUUGCUGACAGCUAACUCUGGCCAACGCUACACUAUUGAAAAACACUUCUUCUUCACUGCUCUAAAAACGAUACUUGUCAGUGGUAGUACAGGGCAACUGCUGUUUUGGGAGUUGUGAAAAAGAAGGGAUUUCCAGGUGAAGAACAUUUUAUCUGGGGGAAAAUACUUCAAAGACAUGGUAUCAAAUUGAUGCAUAAAUUCUUGUACUGCUCACCGAUACCCAACCGGCAUUUUCAACCCUUCUGAUGCUAUCACUAUCGGAACAGCUCUAUAACAGGGCUAUAGAGAGAAUCUAAAGCUUAUAGGGGUCAGACAUUUUUUUUCCUUUAAUUUUGGAAAUGGGGAGAAAUAUCGACUUAUGAUGUGUCAAUGGGAUGCAAGGACUGUCUCAUCUUAAACAGCCACCAGUUAUGUCUUAAAUACAUGUAGUAACUACAUGUAUCCACUGAGUCAAUGAAUGUGGGGAAAGGAGCAAAGGCGUUCACACAGUAUAUCAAGUUCCUUCAUGUAUUUUACAAUGUAUAUUACUCAUUGGUGAACUUUCUUGACUUUAUAAAGGACCGCUGUGCAUCUUGCUUCACAACAGACUUUUACCAAAUGUGUGCACCAACAUCUCUACUCUGCAUUCUGACUGGUUGACAUCACGUCAGUGCUGUUGCAGAUUCUCAACACCAGGAGUACAAGAGCAGACGGUCACACAGCCGCAUGUUUAAAAUUCCCUCAUGAUCACAAUAAUCUUUUACGAUAUCUUAAAAGGUCACUAUGCUUCAAUUCAUCACCUAAAAUUCUUCUUUGCAUCAUUUUAUUUGACUCGUCUCAACUCUGUGGCUGUGACUUAGUGCUUUACUGCUUUUUAGUUAAUACUAAUUGCAAUCGGACACAAACAAUUAGUCACACUUUUAACUGUGUAAUUAAAUAAAAUAAAUAAUCAUUCAUGUAACAUUUUAUGCAAACAGGUUGUUGCCUUAGUUACAGUGUUGGCAGUGGACAAGUACAGUACUUGUGUGCAUGUACAUGUAGUAAAUGUCUCAUAAGAGAAUAAUAGAGCACUGUAGUCAAAGUGCAAAGUACCAGUUGCAUGGCACAUGGACAUGUCAAUAACACACUGGUGUCUGCACGACGUGCUCGAAGUUAAACGAAACCCUAAAGCCUUAUCGUAUGUGCGUGUGUGUCUGUGUGUGUGAGUGAGUGAUAAACAGGCAUAGUGUUUGUUUAGCAUGACAUUUUGUCCAAAGUUGUUAAUUUUCUAUGUAGUAUUUUGUAAAAAUGAUUUGAAAAGACUGUAAACACGUGUUCUGGAUUUGUACUGAAUAUAACUACGUACGUCCUGGUUUCUACUAUUGUCAGUGAAGUGCCAAUCAUGCACUAUAGUGAGUGAGAAAUGCUGAUGAGAGGCAUUUGAAUUAUGUGUGUUUCAACUCUAAUGAAGCCCACUGGACCGAGCAUGUCAAGAAAAACAGAAAAACAAGUGAACAGUAAUCCUCCUGCAGCAGUCAGAAGAAUUUAUAGGGCCUUUCAAAAUCAGCCUGUUGGUACACUUGCCAGGGUUCCUCAGAGAGAUGCCUGCAGAGUUUGAAGUCGAUGGCAGGAGCGGUUGUCGAGAAAUCAAAAGGACAGGCUGACAGAAAGAAAUAGAUUUCAGGAUUUUUUUGCAGGAUUGCAGCCUCAAGUGCUCGGCAGAGGAGAGAAAAGGAAUCGGAGACAUCAGACUGAUGAAUCCCACACACUGCCCCUAAAGCUGCAGUUUAAAUCCUGGGAGGAUUGACUCUCACCUGGUGUUUGUAGCACACUUGUAGCACUGCUUUCGAUACGCUCUUAUCAUAUCAUUUCUGUACAGCGACGCUGCUGCUCGGCUUAGUGUGAAACCUGUUGGAAUCCCUGUUGCAAACAUACAGUGCCUGCUCGGUAGCAGUUAUUGGAUUUUGUACUUUAACGUGAACCUGAACUAUAUUCACCCGUCUUGUUAUCAAACCUCUUGUUGAGGGGGGUGGGUUCUUCUCGCAUGACCUCAGUAGUGUCAGUGCUGAAUUUCAGUGGAUUCUUAUUGUGCUGUGGUGGGUUGCCUUGUUCUCUGACUCUAGGUGGGGAUAUUGGGAUAAAAUAAUGAUACACUGAGAAUAUGGGUAACAUGUUCUGUUUUGACAACUAAUUGCUUUUGGGGAGGGGGGGUGCUCUCCCCAGUCUGGCUGAGUCCACUGAACAGUUUCACAUUCUGCAAAUGGUAAAAACAGAAAGGCCACAUCUGAGCAGAACAACCUUAUCAAUAUACAUAUCUGAAGAAUGUUUAACGUAGCUUAAAGAAAUUGUCAAAAUAUAAUACUUAAACUUGACAGGAGUUGAAACAACUGAACUUUUUUUGGUCUUUUUUUCUUUAGUAAAAGCUUCCAUUGUUUUUAAAAAUCCUUUCGACAUCAUUUUGUCAUGAUGUUCCUUGACUACUCUGACAUAAAAAGGCAGACACUUAAAACAAAAAUGUGGACUUGACAUUUUACUUGUGAUAAAUAUAUCAGCACAAAGAUGCGUCUUAUUUUUGCUGCUAUAAACAGAGGACUUACUCAAUUGAUUUGUUAAAUAUUAUAUAAUGUUUGUUUGUGAGGAACUGUCAGAUAAUUGGGAUGAAUUUAAAAUGAGACAUAUUGAACAUUGGGUUUUACAGACUUUACAAUGUACAAUCAACAUUUCAGACUUUGUUCUACUUGCCUCAGUCCAACAGUCCAACUGAUCGACCAUUAAAAUACAUUGACUUCCUCCUUUCUUCUCAUACUAAUAAUAAUUACUACGGCCUCUACAAGCAGCCUAACUUUAUCGUAACUCAAACAGCCGACAUAGACGACCUGUGGUUUUGAGAGAAAAGUAUUGUUCACUUUCCUGCUUGUUAGAAUGCUGCAGUGUUAUAGGAUACGGCUUUCUCUUUGGGGUUAUUUCUAUGUUUUCUUACUGAGAGUUAGACGAGAAGAUUGAUACUUCUGUCGUGUUUGCAUGUUACUACUGAGCUACUUUAGCAUUAGCUCAGCAAUCAGGCCAAAAGUGGCAGGAAACAGACUAAAAUAAUCAAGCUGAAUGAUUAACACUCUUCGUUGUGUUUGUUUAAUCUGCACUAACUCAAAUUAAAAUGUGAUAAUUAGGGACCAGUGCAGUCAAUUACCUUUGUGUUUGUAGUAGACAUUUUUGACUUCUGGAUAGAAUAUGUGUUUUUCAGUAUAAGGAUUCAUCCUCUGAAGACCAUGAAUAUGCACCAGAUGUGACAAAUUCUAACCUUUAUUUAAAUCGACAGAGCUAUUACCGGAAUUAAUUUUUAUCCGGCCUGAAAUUCAGCUCUUCUAUCCCUGCACUCAAUAGCUGUUUGAUUAGAUUCUGCGAGGAGAAGCUUGGACGAAGACAUUUCAAAUGAGUAUCGAGUAAAGCAUUAAUGUCUGUGAGAGAGAGAGAGAGAGUACUGAUAAGUUUGAUGUUGUGUUUAUUUUAUAUAUCUACUGUAUAUAAACUGAAGUGUCUCUGAAGUCUUCCUGUCUUGACAGGUUCUUUCUAAAAAAUGAAGCUGCAAAGUGCCGGUCCGUUACUUGACAUUGAAAUCUCUAAUCUCUCCUCAGUAGUAUAUAAACAGUGGAGGCUGAUUUACAUGUGCUGCUGCUGUUCUUGUGUUUCUGGCUCCUUUUAUUCUGUGACGCUAUUCAGCCAAUGAUAGCUGCUCUGUGGUUGCUGUGUUAAUGGGUGU